UCGCGUUACCCACCUUGUAACCGACCCAAUCGUUGCGAUGGCUUUGCUCGUCAGGCUCCGCCGCUGCCUCCCUCCUCUCGGCCUCCCCCUCCCCCGCCGCCUCUCCGCUGCCCCGACCGCGGACCCUGCCGAACCCAUCACUGCCGUCGCUGCCCUCUCACUUCUCCGCUCCGAGAAGGACCCGGCCCGCGUUCUCUCCAUCUGCCGCGCCGCUGCACUCUCGCCCAACUCCUACCCCGAUCGAACUGCCCUCUCCCUCGCCGUGUCCUCCCUCUCGGCCGCUGGCUCCCCCACCUCCGUCCGAUCCCUCCUCGACGGCCUCCUCUCCUCCACCUCCGCCGCCGUUGCCCGUCCCCACGUCAUUGUCCUCUUCGGCCAGGCCGGCAUGCUCCCCGACGCCCUCCGCACAUUCGAAGCAUCCCAAACCCCGUCUGUUCGAUCUCUCAACGCUCUCCUCUUCGCCUGCAUCUUGUCCAAGAAACACGCCGAGGUCCCGAGAAUCUUCUACGAUUUUACCAUUUCCUACGGUAUAAACCCUAAUCUCGACACCUACAACACCGUAAUUAAAGCAUUUUGCGAAUCGGGAUCGUCAAGAUGCUUCUUUUCCGUCUUGGAGGAGAUGGUUCGGAUGAGAAUAAAGCCAAAUUUGACGACUUUCAGCGUUGCGCUUGCUGGGUUUUACCGCGAGCAGUUAUUUGAUGAUAUUAGGAAGGUUCUGUGGUUGAUGAAGAAGCAUAAAUGUCAUGCCGGUCUCUCAAUCUAUAAUGUUAGGAUUCUGAGCUUAUGCAAGCUGAAGAAAAGCAAUGAGGCCAAAGAGUUACUGAAGGAAAUGCGAAUGAGGGGCAUGAAGCCAAAUUGGGUCACCUAUGAUCAUCUCAUCUUGGGGUUCUGCAUUGAGGGGUGCUUGGAUGAGGCGAAGGUGCUUUUCAGGGAGAUGGAUAAGAGAGGAUUGGUCCCUGAGAGCAGGUGUUACUUUAGUUUGAUUUACUUUCUGUGCAAAGGUGGGGCUUUCGAGAUGGCUUUGGAAGUGUGUAGGAAGAGUAUGGAGAGGAAUUGGGUGCCAUGUUUUUCCCUUAUGAGGGAGCUUGUGAAUGGGCUUGUUAGUACUUCGAAGUUUGAGGAGGCUAGGGAUAUUAUUGCAAAGGUGAAGGAGAAGUUCCCCACAAAUGCUGAGAUGUGGAGGGAGGUGGAAGGAACUUUGCCGUAGUUGCACACUGAGGACUUGGGGAGUCUGUGAGGAUUCUCGAUCUGACAGAAAUGAGGUCAUUGGCUACCGCAAGAAUUAAACUUUACCUUGCCGCUGAAAUAUGAUAUUGUCCAAUGUGGAAAAGCAUACAUUGAAUACAUGAAGGAGGCUUCCUCUCCCUUGAUGGAUGUCUUAUGCUUGAUUGGAAUUUAAUACCGAGAUAUGAGGUUUGUCAAGUCUGGAUUCAGUUCAAUUAUCAUCAUUGGCUUGCAAUUCUUUUUGAUUUGUCACUGGACAGGGAACACUGGCUGUGGCUUACAAUAAAUAUUAAUGUGUCCUGUUAGUUUCUUCAAUUAGGAAUGCUCCUAUAUUUAGAUGGUCGUUCUCUUAGUAUUUAAUUGUCAGUUGAAAUUUAGUCUUGUCAACUUACAGAUGAAACCAGAGUUUUAGGUGGUUUUCACUAUGGUGGUUUUGUUUUCUGGGAGUAAAUGAAAUCGAGCUCCUUGGUAAUCUUCACAGAUCUAUUAUUUAGGGUGAAAUUUGGAUGUUCUUACCAAGGGGAUGAUGGACAAGUGGAUUUUGAUCAUCUUGGAUGAUGUGUGGGAGGGUUUCAAUAAUUCAUUGGAGUACCUUGCCACCCUGUUUUAUUCUAGGAAUGAGGAAGCAGGAUUCUAAUGAACGCCAGGCUUGAAAGCAUAGCAAAAAGUAUAGGUGACAAUAAAUCUGGAGAACUGGGAAUUAUUUAAAGAAUGAGCAUUUGGUGACCAAAACUUCAAAAGUUGGAACAUAUAUGACAGCUGCAUGCACAUCUGAAUCUAUCCUAUUUUUUAUAUGCUUUGUUUCCAAAGAAUUACUGCUUUGAGAAAGAUCUAGUACCGUAGCUUUGGAUGGCCCUGUGGUUUGCUCACUCUGAUGGAGUAGACAGUGGGAACUUAGUAGAUGAUCUUUCAAGUAAGUCAUUUAUUAAGAGAGGAAGAAUAACAAGUUUGUGAUCCACACAGUGUUUCAUUAGCUUGCAGAAUGUUGAAGAGGUUUUGGAAGAUCUUAAACGCUUGCAGAUGUUGAUACUUUCUGAGCUUCCGGUGGAUUUAUCUACAGUUCCCUAGCAAUGAAAUCGAAUAGCUCCUCAAGUUAUUUUGCUUGCUUUAAUAUCUAGAAUGGCUGAAUCUGUGGCACUCUAAGCAUUUGCAGUUGCCAAAAAACUUGAACAAGUCGUUCAUAAGUGCUGAUGUAAAGCAAUUUCUGUCAUAGCUGGGAUCAGCAAUUGAAACUCUUCAUAAUUAAGAGUAUUGUCUCCAGCAUCAGAAACGUUUUGAUGUAGGAUGGUUAAGGGCCAUGAACGAGCUUCAGAAGUGACUUUGCAUCAAAGGUCUCCAUCAUGCUGUGACUCGAGGAAAGUUCAGCCUGUGAACAUAAAUAGAUUCUUGAAGGUCUCCAGUCACAUUAUAAUCUUAGAGAGAUGAUGAUUACAGGAUACAUGGGCUCAAAUCUCCAAGCUGGCUAAAGGAACAAAUUUUGUCUAAUAUUGAGCAUUCAGCAGCAUCCUGCUAUUUGCCAAUCUUUAACAGCCUUGCUUUGUGCCUCAGAUGUUGUUGGCCUAUACAUCCAGUGCCCUAUUCAUUACAGCAGCGUAGCACAUGAAGGAACACAGAGAGAAAACCUGAUUUCCAGAAAGAAAGAAAAUUUCAACUUUACAACUAUUUAGCCUUUGAGGCUAAUCUCUGGAUACAUGAGUUAUCACAAUUUUCUCAAAGGAUUCCACGACAACAAAAUACUACUAACUGGAUUAGUCAAAAAAUGAAGUGUUGGAAGCUGAUGUAAAUGAGCCUUCAGGCGCAUGAGGACCGAGCUAUGCGCGUUGGUGAUAAGCCUCAUUUGGUGGUGAAGUCUUACUCCAAUUCCUUAGCCGGCUGGUCAAAGAAGCUCACCGAGAGUGAUUUAAGAUAAAAGAAUACUGCUCACAGGUCCUGCCCCCUAGUGUCAUAGGGAAGGUAUGGCACGGCACAUUAGUAUAUUUGACGUGUGAUAAAGACUAAUCUGAGCACAAAAUGUAUUGUCAUAAAGGGUCAUCUGAGAACCAAAAAUUGUUAUAUGUUUCAUGA